AUGUCUUCAAGAAUCCAAUUCAGAAAAAACAUUGGCACUGUCGGACCUAUCGGUGAACCAUUCCUCAACGGUGUUCCUGAGUUCAACGGUAACUUCACCAUCCCCUUUGCUCUUUGCGACAAGGAUGAAUACUUGAUUUGGCUUUUCCAUCUUGCCGGCCUGCUUAGAACCCAUUACGGCCCUGAUGUUGCCAGGUACAUCAUGGAAUACAUCAAUGGCAACGACUUUGGAGUCAUCAUGAUCCGCAAUUUGGCCAAAUCUGUGAUCAGGAUCACCCUUGCCUUUGGCACUUGCAUGGUCUACAACCAGAAAUACUGUGACUUUGAACUCGGGCCCUUGGACUGUUUCAGAAAGUUUCACCAGAACUUCUGCAAGUAUGAGCUUGCCGAUGACGAGGAAUGGUUUAGCAAUUGGGCGGUGAUUAUGACGAAAUUGCGUGCCGAGGGCAAAAUUGAGGUGUAUAACUUUUCCAGAGAAAUCAAUGGCUUCACCGAUGAGGAAUUGGAGCUUUUCGACAACAUGGCCUCUGGCUUGUACGAUAAGAAAGGACUCAUUCGCCGUUACUUGCAGGGCACUGAUUCUGGCGUUAUUGAUAUUUCUGACAGAGCUUCUGCAUUCAUUAGCAAGCAUGGGGAGCCUCGUCUUCACCAGAAGGCCGUUGAAUUGUCUUGGUUCCUCAGCAAGCCAUUGAGCGAGGCUGUUGGUCCAGAAUAG